AUGGAAGCCGGAGGCGGCGGAGCCGAGGAGGAAGAGCAGGUGAUGAGCGAGGUGCACCUGGGCUGCCCGCCGCACUUCUCCGGCCUCCACGUCUCCCGCUUCAGCUUCUCCUCACGGCCCCUAGUGAAUGGUAUAUUGAGAUUUCGCCGUACACCUUCCCUGCAGCGCCUCGUGGUGCCAGACGAGGUGAGAUUGUUGGGACACGGCGUGAUUUGUACCGCCCUGAACUUUGAUUCGGUGUUGUCAGGUCCAUCUGUGGACGACGGCGGCGAUGGCAGCGGCGGGAGCUCGCUGAUCGCGGCGCCGAGCGGUUCCUGUAACUGUGGUUUGCCUUAUUCUGUUGCCGUGGAUGAGGAUGGGGAUCUCGUUCUUGACCGGAGGAGAAGAAACAAAUAUGCUAGAAGUGACUACCAUCUGCUCACCAUUCAGCAUGGUGUUACCAGCUCGCUUAAGAGCGUUGGCCUUCAGGUUUGGAAAGCUGCCUUACUAUUAGCUGACUUUGUUUUGCACAAAAGCUUCACAUCGUCCAACUUUGAUGGUGUUACUGCCAUAGAGGUUGGUGCUGGAACAAGUUUGGUAGGGUUGGUAUUAGCUCGAGUUGCUAGAAAGAUUUUCAUUACAGAUAGAGGCGCUGAUAUCCUAGAUAAUUGUUUGGCAAAUGUCCAUAUCAACUCCGGCAUGCUAAAGUUUGAUGAAGCUAAAGUUUGUGUACGGGAACUGGACUGGAAAAUGUCAUGGCCUCCACCCAUGGGUACAUAUGAUUCUUCUGAUCCAAGUUUAAGGUACUUAUGGUCUGCAGAUGAUAUUGAGGAGGCUGCGAAAGCUACCGUCCUGUUUGCAGCAGAUGUCAUCUAUAGUGAUGAUCUCACUGAUUUGUUCUUCGACACAGUGAAGAAACUGAUGUCAAGUGGUGCUAAGAAGGUGCUGUACCUGGCCCUGGAGAAGAGAUACAACUUCAGUUUGGACGAACUAGACGUUGUGGCCAAUGGUUAUGCUCACUUCCGAAGUUUCUUCGCAACUCAACAAGAACACGAGGGUGCACCCGACGGAGAUAAACCAGGUCUCGUUGGAAAGCUGAUAGAUCUCGAAGAGGUUCCUCAGUAUAUCAGAGAAUAUGAGAGGGGCAAGGAUUUGGAGAUUUGGGAGAUCGAGUACAGUCCAGAACAGGAACUGCACUAACUUGUGCAGAAGCCAUCGACUCUCUGUUCCAUGCUAUAGUAUUCUACAGGAACAAGAGAACAGAGUAACUUGAAUUCAUUUAAUCUAGCAUGUGUUCGCUCCAAUCAGAACCAGUACGAGUAGAUGAUCCAGGCGAAGAUGGUCCAGAAGAGCACACCGUAGAGUAUCACCUGCACCGGAAAAGAGAGGGACAAGCACACCAAAGAUCGAUCAUGAAUGCGGCGAAUACGCAUCUAUUUUGGCUGAUCGGCGGCAUGGUUCUGCGAGUCGUGAUGGGCGCGUACCGGCAAAGACGGCGCGGGGACGGCGCCGUCGCCGGGCUUGGGCUCGAGCAGCGGCGCCGCCGUGGAGGGCGCCUCGCCGUGCACCGUGCAGGACACGUCAGUGACGUCGGACGACGAGCUGCUGCAGGACCUCGCCGGGAGCGGCGACGGGUGGAACGCCGGGUCGUCCCACCAGAGCUCCUGCUGCCCGAACGGAGGGGGCGGCUGCGGCGAACAGGGCGCGUGGCAGUGGUCCGCCGGCGGGCAGUGCCAGUGGUGGUGGUGCAUGGCGGCGGGGAGCCCGGCCGGAGGAACCCAACCAAAGUCUUGGCACCGCCGCCGCUGGUUGGCAGGAGAGGGGGAGAUCGCGUCGGGGUCGAUCGAUCGGUCCGUCGCCGCGGCGUGCGGGCUGCCCCGGCCUCGCCGAUUUUGUAGUGGAUGGAAAAACGAUUGCGCCGCGCGUGCGUGGUCUCCGGAUCACGAAUUCACGAUGUCGGAGAUGCAUCCGGUGCUUCCUGUUUAUAGAGCGAGCUCCCAUCAACAUCAGAUGCGCGCUGGUUGUGUCCGCUCGAAUCAGAAGAAGCACCAGUAGAAGACGAGCCCCGCGACGACGGCGCCGAACAAGAGCAAGACGAAAGCCACGGCCUGCCCGCGCCGCCAAG